CUCAUUCCUCUGCUCGGGAGCCCCUGGCGACAUGGCCCUCCUGCUGCCCGUCGUGCUGGCGCUGCUCGUCUGCCUGACCAGCGCCCUUUACUACCUUGGAGCUUUCCGGAGGAGACGCCCUGGAGAGCCCCCGCUUGACAAAGGCCCCCUGCCCUGGCUGGGACACGUGCUGGACUUCCGAAGGGACACGGCGAAGUUUCUGCAGAAGAUGCAGAAGAAGCAUGGCGACAUCUUCACGGUGCAGCUUGGGGGGCACUACUUCACCUUCCUCAUGGACCCCUUGUCCUUUGGAUCCGUGGUCAAGGAAGCCCGGUCCAAGCUGGACUUCACAGAGUUUGCAAAGCAGCUGGUCGAGAAGGUGUUCGGCUACCGCUCGAUGGAGGAGGACCACAAGCUGCUCCAGUUGUCCAGCAACAAGCACCUGAUGGGGGACGGCUUGGUGCUCAUGACUCAGGCCAUGACGGCCAACCUGCAGAAGCUGAUGCUGCACGGCCUCGGCUCGGACGAGGGGCCGGGCGCCUGGACUCGGGACGGACUUUUCCGCUUCUCCUACAACAUUGUUUUCCGGGCCGGCUUCCUGGCCCUUUUUGGCACGACCAGUGCAGAGUCGGCCGGCAGCCCGGACAAAGGGCACGAGAGGGAUCGCCUGGAAUCUGACGAGCUCUUUGUCGAAUUCCGCAAGUACGACCAGCUUUUCCCCCGCCUGGCCUAUGGUGUGCUGCCCCCCAGGCAGAAGAUGGAGGCUGAGAGACUCAAGAGGCUCUUCUGGAAGGUGCUGUCUGUGGAGAAGGUGCAGCAGAAGGAAAAUGCCAGCGGCUGGGUGACGGACCAGCGUCAGGAGCGAGAGGACCGUGGAAUGGCGCAGUCCAUGCUGGACAGGUACAUGUUCUUACUCCUUUGGGCUUCGCAGGGCAACACGGGACCGUCGUCCUUCUGGCUGCUGCUCUACCUCAUGAAGCACCCUGAAGCCAUGAAGGCUGUGAAGGAAGAAGUGGACAGUGUCCUGAAGGAAACUGGCCAGCAGGUCUACCCUGGAGGCCCACCUAUUGACCUCACAAGGGACAUGCUCCUCAGGACCCCUGUGCUGGACAGCGCCGUGGAGGAGACGCUCCGGCUGACAGCGGCCCCCGUGCUCACGCGUGCCGUCAUACAGGACAUGAGGCUGAAGAUGGCGGACGGCAGGGAGUUCGACAUUCGUGAAGGGGACCGCGUCGCUCUCUUUCCUUACACUGCCGUCCAGAUGGACCCCAGAAUUCAUCCCGAGCCCCACACCUUCAAGUACGACCGCUUCCUCACGGCCGAGGGCACCAGAAAGACUGAGUUCUACAAAGAUGGCAAAAAGCUGAAGUUCUACAACAUGCCCUGGGGGGCUGGGGUCUCCAUGUGCCCGGGCCGCUUCUUCGCCACCAACGAGCUCAAGCAGUUUGUCUUCUUCAUGCUGACGUACUUUGAUUUUGAGUUGGUGAAUCCUGACGAGGAGAUCCCUGCCAUCGAUGUCACCCGUUGGGGUUUUGGGUCAAUGCAGCCCACCCGGGAUGUCCAGUUCAGGUACCGACUGAGGUUUUAGGGGUGACGUGCUUGUCUGCUUCAGCUCCAAGAUGGCUUGUCCUAAAGGGGCUUCACUGUCUAAACGGUGGGACUCAAGUGCAACCUUCAUUCCAUCUUGGCCUUAUAUAGCGCCUUUCCGUGGUGUCUGCCCCGUGGCCCUUUACAAGUACAGUACAGAAUUAGUGCCCACCGGGCUUUUAUAUAGCGCCUUUCUACAAAGUAUGUCGUGUUGUCCAAUAAUAAAGCUCAUUCUGCAGUGAGCUGCA